AUGAACACAUUUACCCUCGCCAGUGCAAGAGAAGUCACUACAGCAGGCGAAUACGGAGAACACUGCGGAGAAAUCAAGCGACAACAAGGCCCCCAGCACCAAGAACAGGCUCAGCUCUCCAAGAUCCCACGUCAUAUGCUCUCCACGAUUCCACAUCAAAUCAUCACUCAGCAAGCGGAGAACACCACUGUAACUUGGCCUGUCAUCCCCACUGCAUUGAGGAGUAAGAGGAGGAACUACAACAGGCAAAUGCGGAGAACACUGUGGAGAAACCAAGCGGUAAUAAGGCCACCAUCGUCAAGAACACGGCUCAGCUCUCUAAGAUCCCACGUCAUAUGCUCUCCACGGUUCCACAUCAAAUCAUCACUCAGCAAGCGGAGAACACCACUGCAACUUGGCCGUUCCACAUCAAAUCAUCACUCAGCAAGCGAAGAACACCACUGCAACUUGGCCUGUCAUCCCCAUUACAUUGAGGAGCAAGAGGAGGAACUACAACAGGCAAAUGCGGAGAACACUGCGGAGAAACCAAGCGGCAACAAGGCCACCAUCGUCAAGAACGCGGCUCAGCUCUCCAAGAUCCCACGUUAUAUCAGUUAUCCACUCAGCAAAUGCGGAGAACACUGCGGAGAAACCAAGCGGCAACAAGGCCACCAUCGUCAAGAACACGGCUCAGCUCUCCAAGAUCCCACGUUAUAUCAGUCAUCCACUCAGUCAGCCACUCAGCUAGCCACUCAGUCUGAUACUCUACAAGAGGAGGAGCAAGAGGAGGAACUACAACAGGCAAAUGCGAAGAACACUACGGAGAAACCAAGCGGCAACAAGGCCACCAUCGUCAAAAACACGGCUCAGCUCUCCAAGAUCCCACGUCAUAUGCUGUCCACGAUUCCACAUCAAAUCAUCACUCAGCAAGCGGAGAACACCACUGCAACUUAG